GCGAAUCCACUCGCGCCGCGUCGUUGACAAGUGAACUCUGCGAACAAGCGACGCCUUUACAGGAUCGUUCGAAUUUUUCUCCGUCUCCACCAUAUUUUUUUUCAACUCGGCAAUCCGUGCUUCCUCGACAUCGUGCCUGGACUACGUUUCCGUUCCGUUUCGUUUAGUUUCGCCUUUCGUUUCACCGGUUUCUUCGCCAGCGAGCGUACACGGUAAACAGAGAAACGCAACGUGUGCAUAUAAAGAAACGCUGGCGAGCGUGGAAAAGUGCGUCGGACUGGAGUCGCGCAGCUGUCAGAUCGACCGAGGCGAGCUUCUUCUUCUUCUUCUUUCCCUCCUCCUCCAUCUUCUUCUUCUUCUUCUUCUUCCUCCGCUUCAUCGAGCUGGUGUGCCCGGCCAGGAUUUGUGUACACGUAUAUACGUACUACAUAGACGCGGUUGUGCAUGCUGCAAGCACGUACGUGGGCCGUACGUACCGUACAACUUGUUCCUCUGCUCACCGAAACCAGCCGCCGCCGCCACCGCCGCCGCCACCGCCGCCGUCUGCCUUCCGAAGACCCGUUGACUCUCUGCCGCGCUGCGUUGCUUAAUUCCUGCGAAAAUCGCCGCGAGCUCUCAGCAUCCCGGACCCGUUUCGCUGCCGUGAGUGAUGGCCCUGCGUCUGAGGAGCAGCAAGGAUGUCAAGAAGAGCUCGUACUACGUUUGGUACCUGGGCGCGAGGGAGGCCAAGGGGGUGGACGCGAUGCCCGGUGCCAUAGCUUACCUGCUCGAGCGAGAACGGCUUCAGGAGCCUUUCAAGGUCACGCUGCAGGUGAGCAACAAGGGGCUGAAGAUUAUACAGACGGUUCAUCCAGGCGGCUCGACGAGGUCGGCCGUGAAGCAUUUAGUGCCAGGACACGCUGUACUGGCGGCCGUGCAACGAGAGGACGUCGUCGCCGCCACACUACUGCUUCCAAACCCGGCCACCAACAAUCCCGUCCACGUGCACGCGUACAGAUGCGACUCGGUCGAAACAGCCGAAUUACUCGGCGGUCAGUUGAAAGCACUGGCGUCACACACCGACAAUUUAGCCAGGGUCAACUCGCUCGAAGGCAGAGCUCGUAGCAAUUUAGGCAGCGAUGGUAGGAGCACCAGGGAAUCGGAGUCAUCAGAGGGCAGCGGUGAGCUCAGACACGAUUCCGUGCAAACCACCACGAUAUACGAGUCCCUGGCUGCUGAAUUGCGUGCCAAGCUGGGCAGAGGCAACUCCGGGGACAACGACGUGGGCCCGAUCCUGCUGCCGCCGCGGGACUACGAUACGGUUCACAGACACCGGGGCAAUCUGGCCGGGAUCGAGUUCAGGCGUUGCCUGAAUCAAACGAUCGUAGGCGGUAGUACUACGGUUGACAGAGGUGGCACGAGGAGCGCGGCCAGCAGCGGAAUAGGCUCCGACAGCGCCGCUACGCCCCCGCCUUAUCAGAGCCAUCAUCCUCUGGGCCCGAGACCCUCCAGACCCUCCAGAGAUUCCUCCUCCGACGACGACUGGGGAGCGCCUGCAGAGGAGAACGACUAUCUGCCGGACACGGAGACGACUGCAACCAGCCUGACACUGCCUAGACUACCCAGAAGUCCCGAGAGACUGCCCAGCCAGGUGAACAGGGGUGUUUCGCCUAGCUGCAACAGAAGUCGCAGGGCACCGGAGUUCAGACAGCGGUCGCCUAGCCCUCAGUAUCAGCCCAGGAUGAAUCCUGGCGAGGUGACCAGUCCUAGAGAGAGAUUCCAGGAUGCCAAGGAGAUGUUCCGAGCUAUGGAGAGAGAGGCCAUCGCCAGGCCUGUCCUUUCCAGGCAGAGAGAAGUUGAAAGUCAUCCUGCUCACAGAGUGGAGUCGGCCAGGCAGACUCACGAGGACCAGCCGACCCGUCAGCAUCCGGCGAGCAACAGUUCAACGACUGGCCACGAACACCUGAUCAGACGGAAUCAUUCGGAGGUAUCGGAACGGGAGAACGAUAUUUCUUACAGGGCCCGACCACGACCGCGAACCCAUCAUUAUGCGAUGGAACGCCCACCGGAGCAAGAGGUCUCGAGGCCCCGGCCGAGAAGCUUCUACGAAAACCCAACGGUUGGAAGAGACUUCCGAGAUCAAAGGAACGUCGCUGAUCCGAGAGAAGCUAGAGAUUUCCGUGACCGCGCGCACGUGCGGGAGAUACGCGAGAAAGUGCGUGCCAGGGCAACCACGUACCAAGAACUCUCCGAACACGAGAGAUAUCCAGGUCUUGACCGCGACAGCGCCAGGCCGCCUCUGGAAAUCGUGCCGACACCAGGUCGAUACCGACACAGCUACGCGGAGCCACCUAGACUCGGUUUGGCAGCCCUUCAUCCGUACUGAGUCGACGAGCUCGUUGUUAACUAAUAAAUUAUUUAAUUAAUCGACCGUAUCGUUAUCGUACCGUUUGCGUCUUCAAUCGGCUGUCAAGCGACCUCGGCGAUAUUUCUCGAUGUUAAGUUAAGCGGAUCAAUGAGGUGAAGCAAAUGGGAACCUGAUCACGAUGAUUUGUCUUGUCGUAGAGAAUUCCUUUUACCGAUUGUAGAAUAGUUUAGGAUUCUUCAGAUCCCAUGUUCCUCUAUUUAAUCCAAGCCUCGAACCCCGUCUACUUCAUCUAAAUCUCCUUCCUUCUCGCAGUUGCUGCUGUGAUAACGUUCACUGCCAUAUUGUACCCCGUUUGACGAAGCUCAAUGGAAAGAGAAAAAGAAAUAAAACAGCGUUCUCCAGAGACUGUAUCGCGAUGAGAUAGCCAAGCUUCUUCGUUCCAAAGGUUCCGUUUGCCUCGCUGUCAUGGAUCGUCGUAGAUCGUCGUAGAUCGUCGUAGAUCCAGAACUCACGGGUCCUUGAUGUUGACAGUUCUGAUCAGUUCAGGAUCAACGAUCCAGCAUUUAAUAUUCUCUCGUAUUUGCGUUCGUGGACCGAUCAUCCUCGAUUCGAGGGGUCGCCUGUCAAACUUUGACCGCGACUUCCGUGCACUAUAUUGUUAACCGUGCCGGAUGUCAGACUAACGAUAACGAUAGGAACAAGUAACAUGCAGUAACAUUGACAGUAACAGUAACAAUAAUAACGGUUAAUAACAAUAAAGCCUGUCGUUAUUUUUCUUCAUCCCCUCUGUGAGUCUCCUAGAUCAGUCUGCGGGUUGUCUUUGGGCUGUCUGAUACUUUGUAAUGGGUAUUUGUUAAAUUAGCGUGAUUCAGAACGGUUUCUCUUGCGCUCUCCUUUCUUUUUGCGGUUUAGAGAAAAAUAAGUAUUUAAAUGUAAUUUAUACGCAGCGCGGAGAGGGGGGUUUGUUUAAUUCAUGGCACGACGCACUCGGGAGAAAAGUUUUCAAAUAUAUGUGGCAAGUAAAUCUCAGACGACCGUGAAAUAAAUGUUUCAUGGAGAUGGACUCGUGUCUCUGGGAGUGCAUCACGCGAGCUGCGCCUGGAUCUUUGUUUCCCUUUGUCUCCCUGUCGUAUUUUGUUACGUUCCCCUUGGUAUUACUUUCGAGUAAGACGACCAAUUAUUUCAUUCGCGACACUGUUGCAAUUUUUCGUGCCGUUCCACCCGCGCGCUCUUAUUCAUAAUUUUUAACGAGACUUAAAAUAACUAUUAAUUAGAAAGUGCUCCCUGGUUCACGUGAUUAUUUUAGAAAAGGAAACUUGAUCGUAUUUUCCAAGUUGGGACAAUCUCAGUCGCGAUCCAGGGAGUUAUGGAAAGCGGGCUCGGAAAAUUCACGCAUAAUUUUCUUCGCAUCUCAAUUUUUGCUUCGAGACUACGAGUACACGUUGUAUUACAUUUUCUUAAAUAUAGGAAUUCAAUCUGAACAA